AUGCUCGAGCCCAGCACUCAGCGCACCUGGUUCUCCCAUCAGAUGGUUGAUCUGGAAGCCAGCCUGCCCGCCACGUAUCAACAGCCGCGGACGCCCGCUGCCUACCAUCGGCAGCAGACGCACGCUCUCCUGCUCGCCGCCAGCUCUGCCUCCCUGUCCUCGGCCACCUCGGACCAGGACGACAAGAGCGCCGACUACACCAUCCGCGACUACUGUUCCGCCGGUGCAAAGAUUCUCAUCGCAGCCGGAGUGGUCGUCAGCAUCGGCUUCAAUAUUUGCCUUUCAACCAACAACUCUGGUUGCAAUCCUUCUACGCCUGGAUCAAACACUCACAACUUUGAAACUUGA